AUGUGUUGGUCAAAGGGGAUUUCGAACAGCGAGAAUUGCAACGCGACGGCGGCGCCGGACGGAUGGAUGGAGACGUGCAUGUCUGUGCCAUGGAACUGGCAAGAAGCAAAGUGCUGCUUGUACUGUACAUGCAUGCUUCGGACCGUCUUAUGCACCAGAGCCGGGUUUGUUCUCCGCUCCCAUACGGCGUUGGAUAGAUACAUCAAGCAAUCAAUUUGCAGCUUCCAGCGACAUGCCAGGGUCUCGCCAAUUCCAUCGUCUGGGCUGCGAACCGCACGAGAAAUGCCUCAACGCCUCCCAGGACGCAAAAGGCAUCAGGCCUGCUCGCUUCGACUGGCAGGGCUGAGGGUGUAUGGCAUGCAUCCACUUAGCCGGGAGAGGAAGGCACGAGCCCAAGGCAUGAUCCUGCGCCUUGGGCCUGCAUUCAACCCGCGCAUCUACUUGGGACAGAACUUCCUCAGGGACCAGAACUUUGAUCGUGUUGACGAGCGGACACAAAUCCAAGAGAUGAACACCAACCGCAUAAAUGGACGUACCUGGCCCGGCUAG